AUGUCAGGCCAAAAACUAUGGGCUGUAGUCGCUGGCGUCGGCCCAGGAACCGGCGCCUGCGUCGCCCGUCGCUUCGCCAAAUCAUACUCAAUCGCCCUGUUGGCCCGCAAUCCCGCCAACUAUGAAGAGCUCGUCAAGGAGAUCAACUCCUCAGGCGGGAAAGCAAUCGGCAUCUCGACAGACUGCUCCGACGCCAACGCCGUCAAAGCGGCCUUUGAGCAGAUCAAGAAAGAAGAUGGCUUUGAGGGAAACCUCGCGGCAGCUGUGUAUAAUGUCGGUGGGCAGUUUGUGAGGAAGCCGUUCAUGGACUUGACGGAGGAUGAGUUUUCGAUUGGGUGGAAGGCGAAUGGCUUGGGAGGCUUCCACUUCUCCAGAGCAGUUCUUCCACUGCUGCUAGAGACCGAGAAGGCAGGGCCACAACAUCCGCCUACACUAGUGUUCACCUCGGCAACGGCAGCAAUGCGUGGCGGCGCAAUGUUCGCCAGCUUUGCUACAGGUAAGUUUGCGAUGAGAGCGUUGUCUCAGUCUUUGGCUCGAGAGUUUGGCCCAAAAGGUAUUCAUGUCGUACAUGCAAUUAUUGACGGAGUCAUUGAUAUUCCUCGAACGAAGGAAUGGAAAUUCGAUGCGCCGGAUGCGAAGAUUAGUCCGGAAGCGAUUGCUGAGUCGUAUUGGCAUCUACAUACGCAGCCACGGACAUCGUUUACGUAUGAAUUUGAUAUCAGGCCUUAUUGCGAGAAGUGGUAG